AUGGCUCCACCUGCAUUAACUGGAGUAGUAGACCCUGAAUGGUGUUGCACAAGACGAGCGGAAGAAGAAGGAGAAGUAAUGUAUUGCGAUAAGUCUCCAGAGGAAGGAUGUCCUAGGAUGAAGGAGAUUCUGGAUAGUCUUGUUCUAGUUUUCAUCAAUCUAACAAUGAGGAGGAGAUGGGAGCUGAAAAGAGACAGAACAGACCUGAUGAUGACAUGGGAGCUUCAAAUUUCAUAA